GCUUCACCUUGCAGCGAUCCACUGUCGUAUAUAUACAUGCCUCUCGACACCUUGAACGUGGAUCCAGAGACCGCCUUUCGAGUGGAACAAAGUGGUCAACCACUCAUUGUAUAUGAGUGUAAACUAGAGGGAGUCCCCUGCGGAAUGUUCGUGGAGGGAACGACCAGCGCGGUGUCCGCUCACCUGCGAGGACAUGGCAUCAUUGGCCCGGACAGCGCCAAGAUAGGUUGUCCGUGGGCAGGUUGCUCCAAGACACUCAAGAGGGGAGGGUUAACAAGGCAUAUCCUUACUCACCUCGGUGUCAAGGUGCGGUGCUCCAUAUGCGGAGUUGUGAGAUGCCGUCACGACGUCCUUCGUGCGCAUAUCAGACACUCAGAGUUGUGCCAUUUCGCAUUUAUCGAAAUUGUCCAUGGACCCGAGGGUCGUUUGCUUGUCCCUACGGGUGGGACCGCUACCCAUCAGGUCUAAUGAUUUCUGAUAUAUCACCUUCAAAAGUUUUCUGACGGACACU